UUUCUGAGCCUUGUCGGGUCGGCUCGUUCUUUCAGCUUCAACGUUCCUUUUCCCAUGGCCGCGCGAUUCCUGUGGAGAAGCGGAGGAAGGCUAAUGGUUGUCUCCGCCGCGAUCUGCGGUGGUUCCGUCGCCGCUGCCGCCGCCUCCUCCGAUGACCCUGCAGCAACCCUCAAGCUGUGCACCACCGUCCCCGUCCGCCUCCUCCGCGACGCCGUAACCGCGGCCUCUAUUGCUUUCGAUUAUGAAUACUCGCUAUUGGGUUUGCCGGAAGGAAGCAGUGAGAGGGAUAGGGUUAAACAUGAAGUCCAUUUGAGAUCAGCCCGUAAGCUCCAAGAGCUCUGUUUCAAAAAUGGAGGAAUCUAUAUCAAACUUGGGCAACAUAUAGGACAACUUGAAUACUUAGUGCCUGAAGAGUAUGUCCGAACUAUGAGGGAAUCAAUGUUGAACAGAUGCCCCGUGUCUUCGUACGAGCAAGUGUGUGCGGUUUUCAAGAAAGAGCUUGGAGAGACACCAGAUAAGGUAUUUGCUGAAUUUGAUCCUGUUCCGAUUGCAAGUGCUUCCCUUGCCCAAGUUCAUGUUGCUCGCACUCAUGAUGGGAGAAAAGUUGCUGUCAAGGUUCAGCAUGCGCACAUGACAGACACUGCAGCUGCGGAUCAUGCAGGUGUAGGACUUAUAGUGAAUAGCUUGUAUCGGAUUUUCCCAUCAUUUGAUUAUAGGUGGUUGGUUGAAGAAAUGGGUGAAAGUUUACCAAAGGAACUAGAUUUUUUGGUCGAAGCGAAAAACAGUGAGAAAUGUCUGGAUAAUUUUAGGAAGCUGUCUCCCCAUAUUGCAGAGUACGUUUAUGCACCAAAGGUGUAUUGGAAUUUGAGCACCACUAAAUUGUUGACCAUGGAAUUCAUGGAUGGUGCUCAAGUUAGUGAUGUGAAGAUGAUCCGAAAGCUUGGAAUUCACCCCCAUGACGUCUCGAAGCUAGUCAGUCAAGCUUUCGCAGAGAUGACAUUUAAACACGGGUUUGUGCAUUGUGACCCCCAUUCCGCCAACAUGAUAGUUCGGCCCGCCCCCGGGAAAAGGAACAUACUCGGCAAUAGAAAACCACAAUUGGUGCUUCUGGACCAUGGCUUGUACAAGGAGCUCGAUUUCAACACAAGAUAUAACUACGCUGCGUUAUGGAAGGCCUUGAUCUUUUCCGAUGUGAACGCCAUUAAGGAAUACAGUGUGAAGUUGGGAGCUGGAGAUGAUCUAUAUGUGCUUUUUGCCGGGAUUCUUACUAUGAGGCCGUGGAAUCGGGUCAUCGAUACAUCCGUAGAUCACUUAGUCAUUAAAGGCACCAACGAAGAUCGCUCGGAGCUACAGAUGUAUGCAUCACAAUACUUCCCUCAAAUCUCCGAGCUCCUGAGGAGGCUGCCUCGAGUAAUCCUGCUGAUGCUGAAAACCAACGACUGUCUAAGAGCAGUAAACAACGCCCUGCUGCAGGGAUCGUCGAUGGAUUCGUUCAUGAUCAUCGGGAAAGUAUCGUCGGAAGCCGUUCUGGAGGCAAAGAGGCAGCAAGAGAGAUCGUUCUUGAAAUGGCUAAGCAUCUGGUUGGAGGAAUUCUCUGUUGAAGCCAGGCUUUGGGUAAUGCAUCUCGCUCUUUGGGUUUUGCAACUCAGGAAAGCUUUAACCCUUUGAUACGAAUUUUUUAAUAAAAUCUCACUGCAUAUUUAUAUAAUAUAUAUACAUAUAUAUACAUACACACACCAAAGUGAGAAACAUUGAUUUGAUGAAAAGGAGUACAGAUUUCUGUAUUCUUUUGACUCCAAUAGAGCACGGAUCGAAGAGAUCCUUCUUUCUCGUUGCGGCUGUACGAAUAUUAAUUUAUUGUAUGAUGUAAUAAUAACUCAAAGAUACGACUUGUACCCUCUCCUGGCAUGAAUUUGUAUUAUUGUUU